AUGGCAUCUGCACGUUCUUUGAUGCGCCUGGGAGCUGGCCGCUCCAUGGCCCCAGCCUCAAGGUCCAUGGUCCAACGCGCCUUCUCCUCUUCUGCUCUGCAAUAUGCUGCUAAGGCGCCGACACAACCGGAGCCAGAAAACAUGCGCCAGGCUCAACGGCCUCCUCAGGGUCCCCUCCGUGCUCCCGUCCUCAACCCGGCCGACAAGUACCAGGACAAGGCCGAUGGCCUUCACGCCUACGGCCAGUACAUCAUGUCCUGCCUUCCCAAAUAUGUCCAGCAAUUCACUGUUUGGAAGGAUGAGUUGACUGUGUACACACCUCCCGCCGGUGUUGUUCCCGUCAUGAGCUUCCUCAAGAACCACACCUCCGCCGAGUACACUCAAAUUUCCGAUAUCACCGGUGUCGAUUUCCCUACCCGUGACCAGCGUUUCGAGGUUGUGUACAACCUUCUUAGUGUUCGCUACAACUCUCGUAUCCGUGUCAAGACCUAUGCCGACGAGGCCACUCCUGUUCCCAGUGUUACUGGUCUGUUCGAGGGUGCUUUGUGGUACGAGCGUGAGGUCUACGAUAUGUUCGGUGUUUUCUUCAGCGGCCACCCCGAUCUACGCCGUAUUAUGACCGACUACGGCUUCGAUGGUCACCCUCUCCGCAAGGACUUCCCCUUGACCGGUUACACCGAGCUACGCUACGACGAGGAGAAGAAGCGUAUUGUCAUUGAGCCCCUCGAGCUGACCCAGGCUUUCCGUAAUUUCGAGAGUGGCUCUACUUCUUGGGAGCCUGUUGGUGCUGGUGACAACCGGACACCUGAAUCGUUCAAGCUCCCUACUCCUAAGCCCGAGCCGCCCAAGGAGGAGGAAAAGAAAUAG